GCACUGCAUUCAUUUUGGUGCUGUGUUUAAGUCUCUAUGGGUGAUUUCUGUUCUGCGGUGUUUGGCUCGCUGUGCUGCUUUACAGUAGUAUCGCCGCUGUUUUAGCAGGAGUGUAGCUGAUGUUUGCUAUCCGCAGCAAUGACCACCACCAUCGUGCAUGACACCACGGAGGCGGUGUGCCUGUCUGCCGAGCACAACCUGUACCUGAAGCCCAUCGCCAAAAUGACCAUCAGCGUUGCUCUGCCGCAGCUCAAGCUGCCGGGCAAGAGCAUCUCCAACUGGGAGGUGAUGGAGAGAGUGAAGGCCAUGGUGGCUCCGGAGCAGUUUUCAGCCCUGCGGAUCUCCAAGAGCACCCUGGACUACAUCCGCUUUGAGGGGGAGGUGGAAAACAAAACCGUGGUAAAGAGCCUGUUGACCCGUCUGGAUGGAAAAACCAUAAAACUCAGCGGGUUUACUGAUGUCCUCAAGGUUCGUGCAGUAGAAAAUAAGGUGGAUUUCCCCACACGUCAUGACUGGGACUCCUUUUUUCGUGACGCCAAGGAUAUGAAUGAGACUCUGCCGGGAGAAAGGCCGGAUACCAUCCACUUGGAAGGGCUCCCAUGUCGCUGGUUCAGCCAGAGAAACAGCCAGUUCCCGGACCGGCCGUCUGAAGCGGUCCUCACUGCUGUAUUCCAGGCGUUUGGCAAGGUUCGGCAUGUCGACAUCCCCAUGCUGGAUCCGUACAGGGAGGAGAUGCUGGACAAGAACUUCAGUACUUUUAGCUUCGGGGGUCACCUGAACUUUGAGGCUUAUGUUCAGUAUCAGGAAUACUGCGGUUUCACCAAGGCUAUGGACUCUCUGCGAGGCAUGAAGCUGAUGCUGAAAGGAGACGACGAAAAAGCUGUGGCCUGCAACAUUAAGGUUAUAUUUGACACCAGCAAGCACCUGAGCGACGCAUCCAUCAAGAGAAGAAACCAGGAGAGGCUGAAGCUGCAGGAGCUGGAGAGACAGAGGGAGGAGCAGAAAAGAAGGGAGAAAGAAGAGGAGGAACGGCGGAAGGAGGAAGAGAGGAAACAGAGGGAAAUGGAAGAGGAGGAGAAGGAGAGGAAGAAGGAGGAGAGGAUCCGAAAGCGAGAGCAGAAGCUGCGGGAGAAGGAGGAGCGGAGGAAUCUGAAGAAGGUGAAGAGGCAGCAGGAGCAGGAGCAGAAGAAGCUGCAGGUGAAGAUCGCCAUGGAGGAGAGAAGGCUGCUGCUGGCUCAGCGAAACCUGGAAUCAAUACGUCUCAUUGCUGAGCUGCUCGCCCGAGCCAAGAUCCUAAAGCAGCAGCAGCAGGAGAAGGAGAUGGCUGAACGCAAAGAGCAGGAGAAGCUGGAGCAAGCGCGUCAGAAGGAGGAGCUGGCCCGUCUCCAGCAGCUGGAGGCCUGUCGGCUAAGGCAGGAGCAGGAGCUGCGGCGGGUGGAGGUGGAGAAGCAGCGGGCGCUGGAGCUCCAGCGGAAGGAGAAUGAGCUGAGGGAGAGGCUGCUUUGCAACCUUAUCAAGAAAAGCACAGUGGCUGCAGAUCCGCACGACCUGGCCGCCCCCCCGACAAAAGAAGCGGCUCCCGAUUUUAGCGAUGUGAUGCUCGGAGUCCUGGGUCGGGUCAAUGGGGUGAAGACAGAUGAAGGCAAAGAAAAACAAGUGUCUAGAUCCGUGCAAUCUGAACUUCUGGAGAAAAACCAAUCAAAGGAGAGACGAGGAAGGGAUGAAAAGAAGGAAGAGUUUGUUCGAUGCGCGCACAGCGGGGAACAAGGCUGUGAAAGGAGCUCGCACAGUCGAGGGGGAAGGAGGCGUUCCCAAAGUUCCAGUAGAAAGAGGCGGAGCUCGAGCCGGCGAAGGAGGAGUCACAGGACAAGCGACGGCCAUCACCGGGAAAGGAGGCGCAGUAGCAGCAGGAGCUCCAGCAGGGGGAGGAGCCUAAGCAGCAGUGGGAGGAGCCACGGCAGGGGGAGGAGCCAAGGGCGUAAUCACACCAGGUACAGCAGACGAAGGAGUAAGGACUGCAGGAGUCACAGUCACCACAACCGACGAUACCGAAGGCACAGCGAUAGCAGGGGGCGGAGCCACUCCAGGGGAUACUGAACGCAGCGGAGCAGCUUCACUCACGUCUCCCGUUUCUCUGCACGAGCCUGAAGUUCAGCAAGCUACAGAGGGAACGCAAGAGCUUAAAAUAUGUACAGAACAUAGUUUUUUUUCAUAGGUAAAACUUGAAACGUCAUCACCAAAUUGUUACCAGUUGUUCAAAUAAGUCUUUGUUGUUGAUUCACCAUUUUUAUUUUGUACACUUGUGUUGUUUGUUUUUUUGGUUUGAGAUUUCCUGACAAAAUUUUCAAAUAAGAAAACCUAGCAGAGUAUUAUAAUCUGGUUUAACUGUGACAGUUUCAUAAAUUAUAUAAGAUUCUUUUUUUUUUUUUUUUGACUGAAACUAGUCUUCAAAACACUUCAUUUAAUUUCUCAAGUAUUUCUUUUUUCCUUAUUGCCUAACUGUGGAAAAUACACCAAUAGGUUCAUAUUGGUUUCAAAUUCUCAUUUAAAUCAGUUUAUACAGUUUUCUCCUCUACAUGUUUUUCCUCCUACAGGUGUGUGGACCGCUGGAUUAUAAGUUUCCUUCUGCUCUGCUGCAAACAAAUGUUUCAGAAAUAUCAAGCUUAUAUUUUAAAAUGUAUGCAACAUCAGCUUUUGUUUUAACGUAGAGCAUGACCGUUUUCUUAAUGGUGUGAGCCUAAAACAAAAAAAAACCUAAUGCUGACUGCCGCUAAAAUGAAUGUCACAUUUAUGAGAAAGAUUCUGCAUCUUUUAUUAUUAUUGCAAGAUUUAAGUGAUUUUUAGAAAAGGCUCAGUCAGGUGACUUUAGCUUUUGUCCAAGUUAAAACAAGUUAAUCAGUUUUACUGGGGAUAAAUCCACUACAGGCAACAGAUGAUUAUCAUAAGUGGCUGCUUUCUAAAGUUUAAAAUGAAAAAAUGCAGACAGAAAAGUGAUUUCAUCCUUUCUUUUACCUAUAAACAUUGUGUUGGAUACAUUUUUUAACUGGUCUUUCAGCUGAACUUGAAGAAACUGGAUGCUUGUUUUGUUGACAUUGCUUGUCAUGGAAAAGAGAGUUCUGUAUGUGCUUGUGGGUCACCCUGAACAUGUCUUGCACACACUGGAAGUGGUUAAAAAUAAAGAUUUUAAUUUGACAAACUU